UUCUGUACGAUUUAUGUUUAUAUCACAUGAUUUUAUGACAGUCUAUGAACACAUUUCAUUUUGUGUUUUAAUUCGGCUUGAGUUUACGACCAUAAUGGCCUCUUCAUUAGACAAACCGAAUGUGUUUGUUAGUGCUCAUGCCGGAUGCUUCCGGUCGAACUACUCACGCAUAAAGAGCGUGAAUGAAGGCAUCAUUUAUGGGUUUAAUGUCUGCGCGUUACAAUUUUAGUUUUAGUUUUAAUUAGAAGGACGCUGAAAUAUGCGGCGGGUGCAAAUGAAUCUAAACGUUGUAAGCCUAAAGCUGUGGCUUCUGUAUGUUUGCCAAAAAGUGAUGGAUGGUUCAAAAAUCCACAUUUUUAAAAAGGAUUGCGCCAUUGGCUUGGAGGGAGGAGGGGGACAGGCUGUAGUCUUCUGAUCCGUCCCCCAGGAGGCUGUGCUUCCCCGGCUCCCUUUGUUCCGCCUCGCCGGUGUGGGUUGAGUCGGUUACGGGGAGGCUGCGCUCAUCCCCCCAAUAAUAACAACAACAGCAGCAAAGCACCGAGGAGAAAACCCACAAGCGAGGGGGCGAGGGAAAAGAGCCCCGGAGGAAGUCACGCGAAGACGGGUGGUGCCUUUUGGGAAGAGACGAAGAAAGAAAAGUUGCCUCUGAUGCGUUCGCGGUCGCGGGCAAAAAGUCGGACAGAAUUGCAGGGUGCGAAAACGACACCUCGGGGAGACUUCUGGUCGUUUUUGAUGCUCGCUUUCGGGAACCUAAGUGCUAGCCCGUCAGACGGAUCCACGCGGCGGACUCAACCCUUCUGCCAUUCUAAGCAUCCAUAUUUGCAUCCCCCCCAGCCCAGGGAGUGGCAUCCUCCCUUUUCCCUGGAAGGAAAAUUACAAGCGGCUUCCCUUUAUAUCUGGACCCUCGUGUGAAUCACCCUGUAAAACAUGGAGGGAGACGGUCACCACCUUCAAGCUUAGUGCCUUCGCCAUUUAUUAAAAAAAAAAAAAAUCAAAUAAACCAUGAACGUGCUCAAGUCCAGCGGUCUGAAGAUCCCCGGCCGCGGGCCCAAGCAUUCCAGCCCGAUGGGAAGGAACGCAACCUCCUGCUCCCCCGUGCCCCUCAAAGACAAUGCUCCGGUCAAGCCCGGCACGCCGCCCAAAGCGUCGGAAGAGGGCGACGAGGUGGCGGGCGACUACACGGUGGGCGAGCAGGUGUGGGUGAAUGGCGUGAAACCCGGGGUCAUCGCCUACCUCGGGGAGACCCAGUUCGCCCCGGGCCAGUGGGCCGGGGUCAUCCUCAACGACCUCCUGGGCAAGAACGACGGCUCGGUGGGCGGCGUGCGCUACUUCGAGUGCCAACCCCUGCAGGGCAUCUUCACGCGGCCCUCCAAGCUCACGCGGCAGCCGGCGGCCGAGGGCGGCGACGGCCUCUCCGCCGAGUCCCUCUGCGCCCAUAAUCAGACCCUGCAAGGCGGCGGUGGCGCCCCUGUCGGGCCGCGGGCGGCGGCGGCGGUGCCGCCGCUCCGGGACGGCCUGCUCAACAGCGCCAUCAAGACGGGAAACGAGUCGGGCUCCAACAUGUCCGACAGCGGAUCCGUCAAGAAAGCCGGCGAUAAGGACCUGAGGGCAGGCGAUCGUGUUUUGGUGGGGGGCUCCAAGAUGGGGGUGAUUCGCUACAUGGGGGAGACGGACUUCGCCAAGGGGGAGUGGUGCGGCGUGGAGCUGGACGAGCCUCUGGGGAAGAACGACGGCGCCGUGGCUGGGACAAGAUACUUCCAGUGCCUCCCCAAGUUCGGCCUGUUCGCUCCCAUUCACAAGGUGAUCCGCAUCGGCUUCCCGUCCACCAGCCCGGCCAAGGCCAAGAAGAGCAAGCGCGUGGCCAUGGGGGUGUCGUCGCUGGCCCACAGUCCCAGCAGCUCGUCCAUCAGCUCCGUCAGCUCGGUGGCGUCGUCGGUGGGCGGCCGGCCGAGCCGCGCCGGCCUGCUGACGGAGACGUCGUCGCGCUACGCCCGCAAAAUCUCGGGCACCACCGCGCUGCAGGAGGCGCUGAAGGAGAAGCAGCAGCACAUCGAGCAGCUGCUGGCCGAACGCGACCUUGAGCGCGCCGACAUGGCCAAAGCCACCAGCCGCAUCGGCGAGGUGGAGAAGGAGCUCAGCGCCCUCAAGUCGCAGCACGUGCAGUACGUGUCGGAGAACGAGGGCGCCCUCCAUCAAGUGACGGCCGCCUUGGCCGGCGUGCAGAAAGCCAAGGUGGAGCUGGCCAAUCAGCUGGAGGAAGAGAAAAGGAAAGUGGAGGACCUUCAGUUCCGAGUGGAGGAGGAGUCCAUCACCAAAGGAGACCUGGAGCAAACCACAGUGGAGGAGCAGAGUCGCAUUGCCCAGCUGGAAGAGGAGCUCCGCCGAACCAGGGCCGAGAUUGAGACCCUGCGGGUUCGGCCGCCGGGCUACGCCGCCGCCCCAGCGCUCGACGCCGAGACGUUGGCGCCCUGCCGACAGGAGACUGAAGCCCUUAAAUUGCUGGCGGAAAAACAAAGUCAGGAGAUCUGUGAGCUGAAGCUGAAGGUCCAACAGUCCACUAAGGAGAACAUGGACAUGAUGGAUGCCUGGAAGGCGAAAUUCGACUGUCUCGUGAGCGAUCACCAGCGGUCGCUGGAGGAGCUGAAGGCCUCCUUCUCCGGCGGCCAAUCCGCACCCGAGGGCCAAGAGCCGGGUGUCCAGGAGCUGCGGGCCGCCCUGGAGGGCCUGAAGAUGGAGCACCAGCUUGAGGUGGAGAAUCUCAAGGCCAAGUACAAAAUCGAAGCCGCCAUCCUCACUAAAGAACGGGAGGACCUCUGCGCUCGCCUCCGAGACGCUAAGGAGCAAACGGGUCGGGAGGCCGCGGAGGAGGAGGCCUCCGACAAACUGCAGAGGGCUGAGAAGAGGCUGGCGGAGAUGGAGGUGCUUCAACGGGAGCUGAGGGAACAGCUGGAGAUGUCCGAGAGCAAGGUGUCGGAGUACCGAGCUUUGCAGGAAGUCAACCGGGAGGAGGUCCAGAAGCUGCAAGAGAAGCUGAGGGUGACGGCCAAUCGGCUGAGGGCCAUCCAGACCGACCGCGAUGCUCACGUGAUCGAAGACAACCACCUUUCGGACGAGAAGCUAAAGCAAAACAUUGAAGAAAUCACAGAGAAGCUGAUGAAAAGGGAAAAAGAGGUUUCCACCCUCACCUCCCAAGUCGAAGCGCUCAAAUCUCAAAUUGGAGUUUUGGAGGGCAAAGUUCGUACGGGGGAAAGGAAGGCGGAAGCUCUAGCGCGGGACAAGGUGCGCGUGGAGACGGAGCUUGAAUCCAUGACCAGGAAAUCCCACGAUGCCUCUGGGCAGCUGCUCAGCAUCGGCCAGGAGCUGUUGAAGAAAGAGGGGAGCCUCAACGAGUUGCGGGUUUUGCUCCUGGAGUCGCGUCGGCACUCUCGCGAGAUGGACAAAGACCUCAACCGCGAAAUGCGCAAGGCCGAGUGGAAGGUGAAGGAGCAAAAACUGCAGGAGGAUAUCAAGACGCUACGGGACAAACUUCUGAUGCUGGGCCGUGAGAGCUUCUCCCCGGAUCACCGCCGUCACUCCAUGCUGGACCCUUCGGCUCUGGACUCUGAGGUGACCCGCCUUCGCCAGCAGCUGCUCGGCACCGAAGACGCCCUGAGGACGGCCCUGGAGCACAAUCAGCAGGUGGACCAGCUGGUGCAGGCCAUGGGCAAGCAUCCGGAGAAAAGCCCGAUGCACGGAGCCCGCAAAUCAGCCAACGGAAUUCACCACCAGGAAGCCGACAGCACUCAAAACGAGCAGCACUGAUGGUGAAAGCUGAGAACGGAUCAACGGGGGACUCGAGAGGAACGUCAGAACCUGCCACGGGACGCAUGAAGUUGAUACCGUAACCACGCAUGGUCGCCGUAAAUGCACCUUUUUAUUGAGUUGCAAGGACCAAGUACUGUAAAUUAAACGCCUCAUGGGAUUCUAGAGCAAAUUAGCUACCCAACGAAGGCAACUUUCCUUGUUUUGCAGUUGCGGGAAUGCCUCAAAUCCAAGAACUUUUACCACUGGGUCACUUUUGUUUGUUCUUUUAUUUAUGACGUUGAAAUAAUCUCAAAAUAAGACUCGCAGAGAGUGCAGAACGAUUCCUGCGUGCUUGAAAGUUGAAGUGGCCAUGCCGAAGGGUCUGUGUCACAACCUGUCAAAUCCUUCACGAGUUUGAUUGACUGGGUAUGGAAGUGACAUUUCAAAGAAAACAAGGUCUCACUGGUUGUACCUGUGACAGCUCCAGAAAGAAACCACGCUAUGUUUCCAAUGAUUGGACUCAAAAUGCCACUGCUCAUACAACGACCCCAAUAAAAAUAAUUUAUAUAAAAAAAAAGAUGCAGGUAUGUCCACUUCUGGUAUUAUUCACCAAAGUGACUAGUUGUACCUGUUCCAGAGCCGGUAAGACAUCAAUCAAUUUAUGGUUUGUGUGAUUGGACUCCUCACUUUCAAAAGUGCCACCCUAGUGCCAGGCAUUGGUGUACACCAAUUGUUCCAGCGCCAAAUGCAAUCAUAUUGGGUACGGUCCUCAUCUGGAAUAAUCAAGGCGCCAAAAUUAACACAUUUGAUGGUACCACCCCAAAAACAAGACCACUUAAGGUACGCUAGCCAACACCGUAUGGCUACUGUCUGUAUCCGUUUUCCGGGGCUAAAAAGCACCAGUUCUGCAAUCUGUCAAAGUCGAGACCGCAGUGACAAACAAAUGUACACAUGUAAGUUAUGAAAAGACUUUUCUCUCGGAGUGCAGGAAGAAGAACAGAAUGGCUGGUGGUUUCUUGGGCUCAAACCUGCCAGCAUCCAAGGUCUUCCGGCUGUUUUCAACCGUUUUGUGGUUUGUAGUUGGCUCUCGUACUGUAACGGGAACGCUCAUGAUCGAGAUUACUGCCGCAAUGCUUUCCCAGACUGACUCAUUAAAUACUUACAACCCAAAA